GGAGUAUUGGAAUCAGUAGUAUUUUGAAAACGUUACAGUAAAUACGCAUAUUUCUCGAAAAGCGGGGUGUUGAAAUUUAAAUUUACAAUUAAUAAUUAAAGGAAUUAUUAAACAAAAUGAAAGUUUUAAUAUUUUUGAUAAGUUUGGCACUAAUGCAGCUUUAUGAGGUUCACAUGGCGGCAAUUGAAACAGAGGAUGGUGAAACUUCUUUGCACUUUGAUUUUAAAACCGAAAAUGGUCAACAGCGUGUAGAAGAUGUUAAAUAUGAUAAUAAAAAGCUUAGCUCAAAGUCUUCAGAAGAUGUUGAUAAUGGCAAGCUAAGACCAGAUGAAGUUACCAUGAAACCGGUAGAAUUCCGUGGUGGUUAUAGUUUUAUAUCGGCUGAUGGUUAUGAAUAUACUGUAAAAUAUAAGGCCAAUAAAAAUGGUUUCCAACCUUAUGUUACGGCUCAUAAAUUGAAAAAUCCUCCAGCAGCCGCCACUUUAUAAAAAUCUAUAUAUUUUUUUAUUCAUUAUUCAUAUUAGUUUUUAAGG